GUCCGGUUUCGGGUAAAACCAAACAGUCUUGGACCAAAUUGCCAGCCCUAAUCAAAAGGACUACCGUAUUCGUUAUCGUGGUGAUGAGAAAAUUUACACUUCUCAUAACUAUUGUUUUCUUGAAAUAUUCAGCUUGUGUCAACGCUCUCUUGGAGCCCGACUCCCAAUUCCAUAAUCAAUCACAAUUUAUCAUUAUGUAAUACGAUAAUCAGGAUAUUUUUGAUAAAUCACUCUGCUUCUCGUGACACAUACUCAAAUUAGUAACCUAAAAAAAUUGGAGCACUAAGAUAGUAUAUAUAUCAUAUGCUUGAGGGGCUAAGAGUAUCCACAUUGGUAUUGCAUUCACAAUUGCAAAAUGACAUGGCAUAGUUGUUUCCAAUUGGAAAACCAAUUGGAUUGAUGUCGCUACCAAAUACAAGGUUGCAACAAAUGCAAUUCCAUAUGCAAGUCAAAAAAGCCUAAAAAAUGAGGAUUUUGUAUUUUAUAUUAUUUUCUUUUCUCUUUUACUUAAUUUUCUAUAAUUUAAACAUAAUAUUUAAUUAUAUUUGAAAUUGCAAGUUAAUUGCAUUGAUGUAGGUGAAUGAAAUGAAUGUGAUGUGGAUUGCAAAAAAUUUAAGUUGACAAUAAAAAACACAAAUGCAAUUUCUUUUGCAAUUGCAUUGAUGGAGAUGCGAGAGGAAUAUUAUGUUUGAUAUAAGUAUAACCGACCAACUUUGUAAAAACUAAAAAAAGAACAGAAAAAUGGCAAACGAGUGAAUUGGGAAUGACUUAACUUAAGGGACCAAUCCGACGAAAAGGAAAACCUAAGGGACUGAACUGCAAUCGCUCAAACGCAGCAGCAAAGCUUCUUCUUUUAGCGCUCUCCUCCCCCUUCCCGCCGGCCGCCGUAAUCGUUCUCCCAGUCCCAAGUCAGUCCAAUCCCCUCGCUGGCGCCGCCCUCAGCUCGCUACUGCUUACAGUCAGGUCGAUUAACUCAACAAUCGAUCUUCCUAUCCACUGCCUCUGCCUGAUUCAUCUUCUUGCUCUCGUGGUAGGCAUUCGGAUUUUCACAGUUUUGAAUCUCACCUGUUUGUUACAGCUCAAGCCUGCGAUCAGGAGAGCUUGAGCAUUAGUUUAAUUUCACGAGCUCUAGAACCCUAGGGCUAGCUUAAUUAAGUUCGAAUUUUUUUUUUUGCCGAUUUCGCUUGGCCAGCGUUUUAGCUGGACAUUCGUGCUUUUGCUGAGAAUCUUACCCUCUCUAUUUAGGGAUUUAUGUUUGUGAAACUUGAAUCUUGAUAUUUCCUUUGCCGAUUUCAAACUCUUAGGGUCUCGACUCUCGUGUAUGUAUGGAAUGUGACCUGAGUUCUGCAGAACUCUUGCUGUUUGUUUGACAUUUGGGGCUUUUGCUUGAACUGAUUGUGAACUUGUUCUCGUGGUGGAGAUGAUUCUAUUUCAGAGGAAAACGUUGGAAUAUAUUAACUUUUGGCGAAAAGGUUUGAUCAAGCUAGGUUUAGUUAUAAGCUGGAUGUAAUCUGGUGUUCGGAAUAUACUCAGCUGCUGAUAUAGUGAACUGAUUGUUGGAAUAGUUAGCUCUGUGUUCUUGCUUAGCAACUAACUAACUCAGAAAUUGGUCCUCAUGUUGACUUGAAUCUGUUCUACUUUCACCGUGAAAGUGAAUUCUGGAGUGGAGGUGUUUCAAUCAAUUGAAGUUCUUACACCUUACACUUGCUUUGUUUGUUUUCAGCUCAGUCUCAUGCUGUUGUACCUCUGGUAGAUCAAAUAAUGGACUCAACUACAUCUCCACAGCAGGAAAAUGAUGCUGGCGGCUUGCAAGUCCACUGUUUCACUGAUGUGGUAGAUGAACUCACUCUUCAUUUCCAGAUCAUCCGACUUCCGAAGCAGAUAUAUGCUUGGAUUGGUUGUAAUUCCUCCAAGAUGGGUCACCUUUAUGCAGCUGCCCACACUCGUCCUAGUGAAGGUGUGAGCGUCAGCUGUGUUCUUGGUGGUUCUUCAGAUAACCCCGGAGCUGGUAUUGCCCGUCGCAUAGUGUUGAAGAGUGGCCUCAACGUCAUCCUGGCUUCCAAUAUCCCCAAGAACAGUCCCAUGAUCGAGGCAAACGCCGAGAGGAAAAUGAUGGAGAAGCUUGUUCAGCUGGGCUACACUCGGCCGAGAUCAGAACCAUCUUCAUUCAUGAUAAACCCUACUGCGGGGGAGAUUCAUCGUUGAAAGCUGAGCUAGAGUACUCGUUUUGGCUUUAUGAUUCCCAGGAGGACGCCUGCAAAUCAUUAUGGCCCCGGCAUAUGAAUCACUUAUCAUCCAGUCGGUUAAUAGACCAUAUGAAUAUAACCUGCUGGAAUGGUUGAUCACUUGUGUAGUGGAGUAGUUGCUCAAGUAUGGAAAUGCAAGUGUACUGCUGUAUUGCCUUAUUUUGAUAGAGUCAUGAAAGCAGCUAAGGGGUCGUUUGGAGAAUAUGAGUUUAAAUCUAUAGAUUGUCAACAAUCUAAAGAUUCUAACUCUUCGGAUUGUUGAAAAUAGAUUUUAAAAUGUUUA